AUGUCAACAUUGCCUCAUGCGUUCCACUUGAUCCGCCGCGAUGUGCCCAACAUUACAGACGACGUUAAACAUGCCAUAGCCGAAAGCAUGAAGCUUGGACCAGACUUUGACGUCUUUCGCCAUGAAAUCACUACGUACGCAGGCCUGCUCUUUGCUUUCAUUGUACUUGGAAUGACUUUGGGCAUUACACUGUUCUCGGUUGUUUCUGGUCACUUUCUCAAAAAGCGUACAACAACGGCCCACGUUCACAGCCGGAGACCAAGGUUACGAACAACGUCGAGCGGCGCGGUAACAUCGAAAAAGAGAAGGUCAAGAAUGUUCAUUGGGAACAGAAUGUCAGUUUAUUCAGCACGAUCGUUUGCCACGGGAUGGAGUACCGCGUCGGAAUUUGGCAAGGACGAGGGUGGAAGGAUACCAAGCAUACCCGCCCUACCUUCCAACAUACUGUCGAGACCCUCCGAUGACGGAUCGCACCAUGCUCAAGGCAAGCGGAACUAUUCAAGCCAACGCGUGUCCUUCCUUCCUCCACCACCUGAUGAACCUCUUCCCUCCACUGUGGUCGUCCCGCAACCUCCACAACACCAACGGUACUCAAUCGCCACCGUCGCCACGUCCCCACCCGUACUCGAAAGCACAGACGCUGUGUCACAAAGUCGUCCGUCAUCAUCGCAUCGAAGAUCGUGGUUCUCCUUUUCUGGAACAAGCGCCCCCAAACCCAUCCUACAUAUCCGGCCCCGCCGUAGCCCUGGCACAUUUGUUGUAGCUUCGGCAGAAGACGAGCAUUAUGAUGAUGAUGAUGACUGGUGGGAGGAUGAAGAGAUUUGGGGGAACGUGGAAGUGUUGGAUACAGAGCCUGCACCUGACCUUCCGCCAAACUCUAGUGCUUCUCAUAGUGCUCUUAGGGAUGCUAUCGCCGUGGACAUUGAUCCGUCCUCUAGUAGAGACGGAGACGGCGCAUAUGAGCUUAUGGUGAGGAAUAAACGCGAACAGAGUCAUCAACGUCGAACGUGGCAUAUCCAAGAGGUGGAUGCCAAAUCCAGCUCAGAAUCAUCAUCGGGAUCUAAUGCACCAGAUAGCGAGAUGGAUGAACUUGACUGGUUGGACUUGUAUGGAUGA